AUGGCUCGGCCUAACGACGCAGCACUUGCUGCUGGCCCCUGGGACCAUGAUCGCACCGCCGAUAUGAGCGACCUCAGCGACAAGAGUGAUAAGCUGGAGGAACCCAAGCUCAAGGACUUCGAUGCCGAGGGCCAGCGCCGUCUGUCGCAUCACCAUGUCACGGCGGUCGACUCCUCCUCGACGACUGAGAGUAUCGGUCGCCAGAUCGAAAUGGAGUCGGAAAAUACCAUCAAGUAUCGCACUUGCAGUUGGCAAAAGACUGCGGCUCUGCUUUUCUCCGAGUACAUUUGUCUGGCUAUCAUGUCCUUCCCCUGGUCGUACUCCGUGCUGGGUCUCGUUCCCGGUCUAAUUCUGACCUGUUCCGUGGCCGGUGUGGUGCUUUACACUUCCUUGACUAUCUGGCGGUUCUGUCUGCGACACCCCGAGGUCCGCGAUGUGUGUGAUAUCGGCCAAUAUCUGUUCUGGGACUCCAAGAUCGCGUGGUGGGCAACCGCCGUCAUGUUCCUGUUGAACAACACCUUCAUUCAGGGCCUGCACUGUGUGGUCGGCUCGGAGUAUCUCAACACCAUGUCCAACGGAGCAGUCUGCACAGUCGUCUUUUCGCUGAUCAUUGCGAUGGUUUCCUUCCUCUGCUCCCUCCCGCGCACAUUCAACACCCUGGCCAAGAUCGCCACUUUCUCGGCCUUCUUCACCUUUGUUUCCGUCAUGAUGGCGACCAUCUUCGUCGCCAUUGAGCCUCACCCGGCCGGAUACCCUGGCAAAGGCGAGCCGACUUUCCGCACGAUCCCUCUUCCCGGCACGACGUUCGUCACGGGACUCAAUGCCUUCCUGAACAUCAGCUACACGUUCAUCGGCCAGAUUACCCUGCCCAGUUUCAUUGCCGAGAUGAAAGAGCCGCGCGACUUCUGGAAGUCUGUCACCGUUGUUACCAUUGCCGAGGUCAUCGUCUUCGGCCUGGUCGGCUCUAUCAUCUACGUAUACACCGGCAAUGAGUACAUGAGCUCCUCGCCCGCAUUUGCCAACAUGUCCGACGAGCUAUUCAAGAAGGUUUCGUUCUCCUUCAUGAUUCCGACAAUCAUCUUCCUCGGAGUUCUGUAUGCCUCCGUCUCCGCCCGCUUCAUCUUCUUCCGCCUGUUCGAGGGAACCCGCCACAAGGGCAACAACACCGUCGUCGGUUGGGCCGCCUGGGUCGGAAUCCUUGCCUGUCUGUGGGUUUCUGCCUGGGUUAUUGCCGAAGUGAUUCCCUUCUUCUCGAGUCUGCUGUCGAUUAUGAGCUCCUUGUUUGAUUCCUUCUUUGGUUUCAUUUUCUGGGGUGUUGCUUAUAUCCGCAUGCGCUCGGCCGACCACGGCCCUUACUUUUUCAUGGAGCGUGGCAUUCGGGGCUGGUUGGGUUUCAUCUUCAACGUCAGCUUGAUCUUCAUAGGUAUUUUCUUCUUGGGUCCCGGUACCUACGUGAGUUUGAUCUUCUCCCUUCGGUCUUUCCGCUCUUUUACUUACAUUCUGCAGGCAUCUAUCAUGUCCGUCGUUGAAAUGUACCGUGAGGGUACUGUCGGCGGCGUCUUCACUUGUGCCAGUAAUGCGCUGUAA